AUGAGAGCUGAAGAGGAGAUUCUCGAUGAUGUGCAGGGAGAGCUGGUCGAAAAGUCGGUGGUUAUCAAGAAAGCGGUUGUGGAAGCCGAGGACAAGACGGACGCCGUCAAGAAAGUGAACAUUGAGACAACCCCACUCAAGAAGCCCGAAACCGAGGCCACCGCCUCAAAGAACGUUGAUCCCGCAAGGAUCCCUCACGCCUCGUCCGAGAUGAGCGUCAAGAUAUCCGAGCCCAAAUAG